UCUUAACGUAACGAAAUGAAGAUCAGUGAUAAAAUUGAUUUAAUUAGAAAAAACGCGGAUACUAAAGAUAACAUUUUGUACUCAUUUGAGUAUUUCCCACCAUUGACAGACAAAGGUAUUGAGAAGCUGUACGAAAGGAUCGAAAGAAUGUCUAUGAUUAACCCUCUCUGGAUUGAUGUCACUUGGAGGGGAGGCUCUACUUCCCACAUUACCCUUGAAAUGUGUCAGCACGCACAGAUGUUCACAGGCCUUGAUGUCAUGAUGCAUUUGACUUGCACAAACAUGACCAAAGCUGACAUAGACAAUGCUCUUGAGAAAUGUCAGGAAUAUGGAGUAAGGAACAUACUUGCUUUAAGGGGAGAUCCACCAAAAGAAGGCGAAGAACUGGUGAAUGACUGUCACCUUGAAUAUGGAGUUGAUCUUAUUAAGUACAUUAGAGAGAAUUAUGGAGACUAUUUCUGUAUCGGUGUUGCCGGAUAUCCAGAAACACAUCUAGAAGCUUCCUCUCCUGAAGAUGAUCUCAAACAUUUGAAAGACAAGAUUGAUGCUGGAGGUGACCUUAUAAUCACCCAAUUGUUCUAUGAUAAUGAAGCCUUUUUUGAAUAUGAGAAGAAGUGCAGGGAUCUUGGGAUAACUGUCCCUAUUAUUCCUGGUUUGUUACCUAUUGUCUCUUACUCUGGAUUCCAGAGAAUGACCACUCUAUGUCAGACAAGGGUACCUUCAUCUGUCGCAGAAAGAUUAGAAGAUGUCAAGCAUGAUGAGGCAAAGGUCAAGCAGUUUGGAGUUGAUCUUGCAGUGGAAAUGUGUCAAGACUUGAUUGAAAAGGGUGUUAAAUACCUUCAUUUUUAUACUCUUAAUCUUGAGAAAGCAGUGGUAGAUACAGUCACUAGACUUGGAAUUAUGAGUAAAAAGAAAAGCCUUCCUUGGAAGAAGCCAUCAUUUAAGGAUAGAUCUGAGGAAUCUGUAAGACCUAUUUUCUGGGCUAAUAAGCCUAAAUCUUACAUUGCAAGAACUGCUGAUUGGGAUGAGUUUCCAAAUGGGAGAUGGGGAGUAUCUCGUUCACCUGCUUUUGGAGAUAUGGGUGAAUAUCCUUCAAUGUCCAAACUGUAUAAAAAGAGUACCAAGCAGCUUCAGAAACUUUGGGGUGAAGAGUAUAAGUCUGAAAGAGAGAUAGGUGAUCUCAUCAUCAGUUAUAUCAAUGGUAAGACCAAAAGACUUCCUUGGUGUGAAGAAACUAUUAAGGAUGAGACUGCAACUAUUAGCAAAUAUAUCGAAAAGCUGAAUACGAACUAUCUUUUCACUGUAAAUUCUCAGCCAAAGUGUAAUUCAGUACCUUCUCAUGACCCUGUGUUUGGUUGGGGACCAGAUGGAGGAUAUGUUUACCAAAAGGAAUACAUUGAAUUCUUGAUUCCAAUUUUUUUAGUUGAGCCACUUAAAACUUAUCUUAACUCAUAUAAAAAUAUAUCCUACCAAGGAGUCAAUUGCUCUGGAGAUCAAUUCAGUAAUGUUGCUUCUGAUAGCGUGAACGCUGUUACAUGGGGAGUCUUUCCAGGUCAAGAAGUAGCCCAGCCGACAGUGGUGGACCACACUGCCUUCUUCCUUUGGUCAGAGGAGCUAUUCCAUCAUAUAAAAGACGAGUGGAUUCCAAUUUAUGAGAAAGAGUCUAGAACUGUUGAAGUCUUGAAUAGCCUUCAUGACAACUACUACCUUGUUAAUAUAGUAGAUAAUGACUUUAUCAAUGGAGAUUUACAAGAAGUUAUUGAUAAAUUUAUUGACGAAAAUCUCGAUGCAAUCAAUAGCUAUGAACCAUAGAUUGUUUCUAUUAAAAUUAAUUUUCAAAU